UCUCAGCAGGUUUCAGGAACAAGAGCUACAUGGGUUUAUGUGGUUUAUGUUCGGUGGGGUAACUUUAAGUUGCUAGAAAUACUCAGAGAUGGAGAGACAAUAUCCACAAACUUUCAAUGGUCCCUUUAGAAAACUCAGCAUCAAUGUCACAAUAUUAGAUAAUUAGGUUCCAGGUCACCCUCUAAGUCUUUGGUCGAAAUAUUGAUCAUUUCAAUAUUAUUCAUCUGCUUUUGUUAAUUUCUCAAUUAUUAGUGUGUGAUUCUUAAUAAAUUACUAAUCAUUUCUGCUAUUUUGGGGAAGAGCAUAUCAAGACAUACUAAGUGUAGGGAAAGAAAUAUCAGUCAUUAUGACUCACAAAGUCCCACCCCUUCAGAACAAGAUUUUUUUUUCUUUUUUUCUCAGAAGGGAAAUGCUUGUGGUCUUGCUGAUACUUGUUCACAUUUUAAGCUGCAGUGCUCAUCAGAUACAAACUGUCUGCCAAAGAUGAGGAACUUUCUGACAAAUUUUCCCUUUAGGGAGCUCGGUGUUUUUGUUACUAUCGUUGGCAGUUUUACUUACAAUAUUUUACUUGAUCGUGAUAUGCAAUGCACUUGCAAAGAUGUAGCUCGAGACUGCAGCACAUACGUGCUCUUACCAUCUUUCAUUAUUUUUUUCUUAAUGCUUUGGGCAGACAAGACAUUACAGAAGACCUGCAAGUAUACAUUUGCAUAUAAAUAUUACUGUGAAUGUAAAUGUAACUGCAACAAGAGUUGCGAUAGGAGAACGGAGGGGGAGAGGACAAUACUUCACGGUCGCUGUUUUUCAGUGAAGCCUUGUGUUCCAAAUUACAGGACAGAGUUAUGUGGAGUUUUCUGGAGUCAUAUUUUCAAAGCAGUUUGCGUUGGUCUGCUUUGGGUUGUCUCUGUGCUCGUUGAUGGAGACUGGUAUGUUUGCUGUCAGAGUAAGAAAGAACAGUCACAGUUAGCCUGCAAAGAUAAAACUAACAUCACAGCUGAGGAAAAUGUGACCAUUGGUUCUCUAAAAAACACAUCAAGGAUUUUAGGAUUCUCUGUGCUCCUUGGUAUCAUUUUUCUGUUGGCCCUGGUGUCAUUGUGGUGUGAUUGCUGUAAAUGCUGUUCUAGCAGUACAGCUGUUUAUGACGCAGUGAUCUUGGAACAAAGGGAAAAGUUAUCGAAAGAGCGUUUCAGAGAAGAUGCAAAAGAAGAGUGGACUGAAAUGGAAGUUAGAAAGCAAGCUGGAACACAAGAUAAAGAAGGAACUAAAAAUAGAUGGGUGGAACCUCCUAUAGGUGUUGCUGCAAACAUGACUGAAACCUCAGACAAAACAGAAACCUCUAUACAACAGCAAAAUCCCCAACAAUGCCCAACUGAGGACACAGCAGCACCUGUCCCCGAGGACACAGCAGCAUCUGCAACAGGGGCCACAGCUAAAGCCACGACAGUGGGCACAGCAGGCCUCAAUAACGACUAACUGUUUCUACCUGACGAGUUAGUUGCAAAAAAAGGACAAUUUGCAUGUUUAUCAAUGGUUUGCUAAAAGUAGCUUUAAAAUUUCAAACUUAUUGACAAAAUCAAUCAUAACCAAAUUCAACACGUUUAUACAACACAUAUAUAAUAUGUUGUAUAUACAUAUAUAAUGCAUACAAAAAUAAAUUUUUUAAAACAUCUAUUCUAUGAAUUAUUUUAAGGACUCCAGCCAUAUUAGUUCAGAAGAAAAAAUUGAAUGGAUUGUUAUGUAUUCUUUGUGAGAAUCCCGAUUUCCUUGUGUUACUUACAUUUUGUAAGUUGCAGAAGGAAGUAUCUGUGUCUUUUUUAAGUUUUUAAGUUCUGUUAUAUGGAUGUAUUGUUUUAGCCCUUUUAGCCUUUUGCAAAUGUAAGCCAAAUUACUAUUUAGUAAUUCUAGAUACCAUAUUCUAGACAGAAAGCACCAGCAUAGCUGCAGGUCCAGGCAGCCCGCAGUAGGUCAGAUAAGGACACUCAACUCUCGUUGGCUUGAACUGACAAUCUCACAAAACUGCACACGAUACACAAUUGGGUAUGUUCCCAGAUACCGAUGAUUGGAAACAUCUGGUCUUAAUUCUGGGAAGGGUUGUUGUUCUGAAGAAAGAGGAAAUCUGGGGAAUUCUACUGACGUCAUAAUGGCUGUAAAGCUUUCUGUAACAGGGCAGAGGGAGAAGACCGAGGAUCGGCUCCCCACCCUGCACUUUCUGUGUGUUUUAAUAAAAUAAUCUGUGUUGACCCACUAUGGACUUUUCAGUCGUAUGUCUCUUCCUCAAAAUUCGAACCGCGACAGUCUUUUUUAAGUUUUUAAGUUCUGUUAUAUGGAUGUAUUGUUUUAGCCCUUUUAGCCUUUUGCAAAUGUAAGCCAAAUAUUAGAAAUAAGCAGUAAGAAAGGAAAGAAAAAGUAUUUCCUCAUAUUUUUGCAUCUGCUCUUGGGCUGAAAGGAUUUACUUAAUGUAAAUAUUUACUUUGUGGAGCCAUUGUUGUUCUUGUCUGUUUGAAUCUCUGAUUACAAUGUGAUUUUCUAUAUUAUUAUUUUUCUGUUUCAUCAUUUUAUUGUUCUGUUGGCUCUAAGCUGUCUCCUUAUUAAA